UUCUGGUCCCGAUGCGCUCUUCUGGCGAAAGCUAAAGAGGAAUCAGAAUCAAAGCAUCCAAUUCCGACCAAGCAAAAGAAAACACAUUUAGGGUUGAAAACUCACUUCCAAAUCACCGAGAGAGAGAACAAUGGAAGGAUGGGAUCCGAGCACGAAGUCGACGUUAACGCGAAUCCCUCUUCUGACGACAAAAGCGGGGCCAAGAGACGGCGAUGCAUGGAAACAGAGGCUCAAAGAGGAGUACAAGUCUCUGAUCGCGUAUACCCAGAUGAACAAGUCCAACGACAACGACUGGUUCCGCAUCUCCGCCGCGAAUCCCGAAGGUACGCUUUGGACUGGCAAGUGUUGGUACGUUCACAACCUCCUCAAAUACGAGUUCGAUCUCCAAUUCGACAUCCCUGUCACCUACCCCGCCACUGCUCCCGAGCUUGAGCUGCCUGAGAUCGACGGCAAAACCCAAAAGAUGUAUCGAGGUGGGAAGAUCUGCCUGACUGUGCAUUUCAAGCCGCUCUGGGCUAAAAACUGUCCUAGGUUUGGUAUAGCACAUGCGCUUUGUUUGGGUCUCGCUCCAUGGCUUGCUGCAGAGAUUCCAAUUCUUGUGGACUCGGGCAUGAUUAAGCACAAAGAUGACGCAGCCUCCUCUGCUGAAUCUUAGUCUAUGUAACCCUUUCUAUCAAUCUCAGAGUUGAGGUGCUUGUCAGUAAUAGCUGAAGUUAGAAAUGACUGAGGCGGAUGGAUACCCUAUAUAACGCUUACAUGAAACCCAAUAAAGAUUUUAAGCUAUUGGCCUAUUGCAAUGUUUUUUUUCUUCUUAAAAUACUUGUACAACUUGAGAAUAUAUGAUGCUCGUUUUGUUUGUUGACUUGAAACCGGCUCGUUGAUCA